AUGACAGAGCAUCCAAGUGCUGCACCAACAAGAAGGAGUGGCUGCUGUGAUGUCACGGGUUGUGUUGAUGUGGAAUGCAGGCGAUGUCCUGAGGCAUCUGCAGAGGAAUCACUGCUCCGAGAGCUGGGGGAGAGUGUUGGACCAGGAUGGAUUGAGAUGCUGCUCCUUACCCUCUCCUGUUUAGCUUCUCUGACCAGCAGUGUCCAGGCAGGUUUUGUUUCUCAGCAUUCUCAGCACAGAAGAGAUGCAGGAUAUUCACAUGUGGGGUGUGGCCUCCGACCAUCCUACGAGUCCUUCCAGGUGACUGGCAAGAGGAUUGGCACAGGGACAGACGUCAAGCCUGGGGAAUUCCCGUGGCUUGUGAGCAUCCAGAGCCAUGGAAAGCACAUCUGUGGAGGCACCAUCAUCAGUGCACUGUGGAUUUUAACCGCAGCCCACUGCUUUGCAGACGAGCUGCCACCAGAUCUGACAGUGGCAGUGGGGGGAGUCGACCUCAGCCUCCCACUGGAAGAGCACAACCCAGACAGCCUGAUCCUACACGAGGAAUUCAAUAAAACCAGCCUGCAAAAUGACAUUGCCCUGAUCCUGCUCAGCAAUCCCAUCGAGUUCAGCAAGGAGAAAAUUCCCAUCUGCCUGCCCUUCCUGUGUGACAUGGACACGUGGCAGCACUGCUGGGCUGCUGGCUGGGAGAACACAAGUGCAGCAUCCCAAGUGCUGCAGAAAACACAGAUGAAGCUGAUCAGCAGAAAGAAAUGCCUGGAGCAGAUCCCACACCUCGUGGGGAGUGUGAUGUGUGCUGAGACUGAGCAAGGAGGAGGAGGAGGAGGAGGAGGAGGAGGAGGAGGAGGAAGCUGCCAGGUGGACAGCGGGGGACCUCUGGUUUGCAGCUACUGGAACACCAUGAAGUGGUUCCAGGUCAGUAUCAUCAGUGGAAGAAAGCCAAACCACAGGAUUUUAACACCUGUUUGCAGCUACCAGGACUGGAUUGAGAAGGAAACAGCCAUAAGGGGAAAGCCUUUCCUCACUGAGGGUGUGGACAGUGGAGCACAUCUCAGGGUCGCUCGUUCCAGGGCUGGAACACAGGUGGUGUUUCUAGAGCAUUGUCUCCUUUUAGUCAACUUUUUAAUAGCACCUUUAAUAAACCUUCAGCUGAGUCAAGAGACAGAUUUUGUUUGCAUCACUACACCUUUAGCAGCAAAUAAACAGGAUAUGGAAAUGCUUAGAGACCUGAGAAAACAUCUCUGGCACUCGCACGCCAGCUGGAGCAGGGAGCUGGAAGAGUUGAAGAUGAUGAUGUUUGUGCAAAUUUGGCAGCAAGAGCUGGUGGAGAGGAAUUCCUCAAAUGUCCGGGAGCACCAGGAUGUUGGAAGCCUGGAAACUGAGAAAUUUGGACUUUCUGUGCUGACAGGCACUGACCCCCAGGAAAACACUCCUUUUGACCUAAAUCAUAUCCUCCCCUCCACAAAGACUCCUGCCAGCAAUGGAGAGAUUGUCCUUUCUUUGAGAGCAAAAGAUGAGGAAUGGGCUGUGUCCCCCCUGUUUCUGCUGCCUGGAAGAUACAGGAAAUACGGCUGUUGUUUUGUCAAGAUGAGAUAUUUCCCAACGCCAGAAGUAAAUCUCCACACUUUCAUCAGUGCUUGGGAGCCUGGAGCUCUGCCAUGUCAGGGUGCAGACAGGUUUUUCUUGGAUGCCAAGGUGCUGAAACAGGGUCAGUGUGCCUUCAAAAAUCAGUCAGAGCACAGCCUGAAUGCUGUUUCUGACUCCAGGACUCCAGAAAUCAGUCCACAAGGGAUGAGGAAAGUCAUGAUCCUGGGAGACAAAACUGAGCCAGACAUUUCAGAAUUUCAGAAACUCUGCUUUGAAGAAAGACUCUAUAGAGAUCUCACAGAGGAGGAAGAGACUGCAAACAUGGAGACAGAGUGGUCUUUUGCCCUGCUGAAAGACAGCAGCUGUAAUCCCUUCCAGGUGGUGACAGCAGUGAUCUUCCCAGCCCCUAUGAACGUGACAGCCCUGGAGCUGGUUGGGAACACGUGUUCCUGUGCUGUCAGAGGGAGAAGGGAAGCUGCAAGACCCAACAGGAGCCUGAGCCACAGCAGCCAAGGGGAAAUGCAAAGGUUGGAAGCCGUGCAAGCAAGAGGGAUGUGGCUGUGA